AUGUCCCAUGAGUUUUUAGAUCUAGUGAAGUUCUUACCAGUAAUACCAAGCAUAGAUUUACAAGGAUCUCGGAAUAAACAUACACAUUAUUGGAUCGGUCAUGUUAAGAGUGUUAUAGCGUUUUUUAUGAAUGCUGAUGAUAAUAUGCGACACACAUUAAAUAGCUUAAGAAAAGAUGUUGGAAAGAAAUAUAAAGAAGCUCAAGAUUAUGAAGAAUGGGUGUCUAAUUUACGUCAAACCUACCUUAGUGAACUUUUUUCAAGAUUCCAGCUAAAAUUAAUGAAGGAACUUUAUUCAAAGUACAAGAAGAUUAUGAAUAUCGAAAUUCUUAAUACCAAAGUCCAAAAUUUUUUAAUACAGAGUUGGGAGCAAUAUAAGACAGAAAUUUCACAAAUCGUCCAAAGAAUGGAUGAAGAAUCUACAAUUAAGGAACGUCAGAUCAAAAUUAUUAAACGAACGCAUGGCUCAGUGAAAACAUUUAAUUAUGUGUCCAAGCUUCGAAAAUCCAACAGACAUCACUCAUCAACUAUUAUAUCUUUUGGAAUCAGCAAACCUUCCUUGCAUCACAAACGAACAAAUCUUGCUUAUGCUUCUUGGCCAACUAUUAAUGACUCAUCUAAUGGGACCUUAAAGAACAACCUAAAAGUUUCAGAAACAGAUGGUGACGAUGAAUCAACAGAAAGAAAAGUUGUGGUUAAAGACUUGAAGUGGAGAUCAAAAACC